CCAAUUUCAGAUCUAAUAUUUUGUGUCCCAGGAUAGAUUGUUUCAGAAAAAUAAGAAAGGCAGAAGGCAUUCGAGGAUUGUAUCGUGGAUGUGCCAUGAACGCAUGUCUAAUUGCUCCUGAGAAAACUAUCAAACUAGCCUCAAAUGAUUUGAUACGUCAAUAUCUCAAGAAGAACGAUGGAAGUAGUUCACUUUCCAUGAGCAAGGAAAUAUUUGCCGGGGCUACGGCAGGAUUAGCUCAGAGCUUUCUCUCAACACCGAUGGACCUCUUAAAAAUUAAUAUGCAAGACGCAGGUCGUUUGGCAGCAAUGAGUAAGUCGACACUGGAGGGAAACAUGUCAUCCAGACGAGUUUUGAUUGACUUACUCAAGAAGCAUGGAUUCGCUGGUUUAUUUCGGGGAUUUGGAGCGACUGGAGGGAGGAACAUUUUCUUCUCUGUCGUUUACUUUCCUGUCUUUUAUAAAAUAAAUGAUUGGAGUCCAAAGAACAUCAAGGAAUCUGGUAGUCUGAGUAGCUCAACGUGGGCAUUUUUGAGUGGGUGUGUCGCGGGAGGAGUUGGCGCAGCUGCCGCUACGCCGUGGGAUGUCGUUAAAACUAGAAUGCAGCGUCUCAAACUGGCCAAAUGCGAUGUCCCAUAUAAUGGAAUAUUAGAUGCAUUUGUAAAGAUUUUUAAAACAGAAGGUCCGUUCGCACUUAUGAAAGGAGCUGGAAUUAGGACUGUUGUAAUCGCCCCUUUAUUUGGAAUAUUGCAAGCAGUAUAUUACUUGGGAAUUGGGGAAUAUAUUCUAAAUCAGAAGGAUGAUUAAUAUGUAAUUUACGCAAUAAAAUGAUGUUUUCUCAAGCAGAUUCAGGUGCA